GGUUUCUGCAACAACUCACCGCUCUAACAGCACGUUGCUCUCCCCGGUACCUUCCUUUGUGAUCAUGAGGCCUUCCACUCAAUGGGCUGCCGCAAUCGCGCUUGUUCGGAGCGCAUCCGCAUUCGUGCCUACGUCGGGGCCUGUUGCUGCUCUGUACCGCGUUGGCUCGACGACCAGCGCCGCUCACCGUAGCGUCCAUCGGUCGUCAGCAUUGAACAUGCAGUUCUGGAAGCCGCCGGCAACAUCGAAGCACACCCGACUGGCGAAGGAGCCCGCUCUCGACAAGUGCAAGCCAGACGCCGAGUGGAAAGAGCAACUUAAGCCCAACACGUACCAGGUCCUUCGCGGCAAGGCGACGGAGCCCGCGGGGGUCCGAAAAGCAAGCGGAGGCUUCGACGACGUGUUCGACAAGGGGACGUACGUGUGUGCGGGCUGCCGGACUCCUCUGUACGAGGACAGCCACAAGUUUGACUGCGGGUGCGGCUGGCCGGGCUUUUGGACAAACAUCCAGGACGCUGUUUACGAGGAGAAGGACGCAGAUGGAAGGCGGUGCGAGAUCCUCUGCUCCGGCUGCGGAGGGCACUUGGGGCACGUUUUCCGUGGAGAGGGAUUCGGCAACCCGGAACCAAACGAGCGGCACUGCGUGAACUCGGUCUCGCUGGCUUUCAUCCCGGAAGGCAAAACGGACGGCCCCGACGCUGUGGAGUGCACCUAUACGGGACGGGUUUUCGGCGGGACUGCAUGAAUUUGCAAUUGACGGAUCACCAAGCGUGUGACAGGCGGACGGACAAGGAAGCACGAGUAUUGUGUGCCGUUCACGCUGUGCCUCUCUCUGUGCCUCUCUCGAGCUAGGCUUAUACCUGAUAUGCGGGCAUUGCGUUCGACAUAAAUGACCUUCGCGUGCAUUAGGAACAGAAUAAUUUCGCCCGUGCAUACUUUUUUUUUUUUCGCGUAUAGUAUCGCGCAUAUAUGGGCACACUAUGCAUAAGCUUGGUUAUGCUCGCUUCAUUUUGGAGAUAGGGGUGGAUCAGCAGUGAGUCAGGCGCCUCCUGUGGCCCCAGGAAUUUGAACAAAAACUUGAAAAACGCCUUCGCUGUGAGCAACUUUAUCCUUAAACACCAUCCAUCGUGGAACUUAAGUAAAGACAGCGGACCUGCGGGGGGAUUUGGGGGUUUUGGGGGUUUGACUUUUUUUUUUCCGCGCCAAGAGCCAAAAGAGCAGCAGAACGGCUGGACAGCUGCACCACAGACCGCAGACAACCAGACCACCGACCAAAGACGAAAGACCACAGCACAGCAGCACAGCACAACCAGCGAAGGCAGAAGGCAGACCGCGAUCCAAGAUAUUCGAUCUUCACCCAUGGCAUCUGCCAGAUCGACUCAUGUGGCAUGCGCUGCAAGCAGCUCGGAUGAUGACGACCCACAACACCGCACGGCACCGCAUUAAGUAAAACAGAGGGCGGGGGAAAAUAAAAAC